GGUCUUUACUCUUCACACUAAAAAAGGGGCGUUAGAGUUUUUGACUGAAAGAGAUUGUUUUGACUAAAGGGAACGAAAGUGCGGAGAGACAUAUAUGUGCAAAUUAAGGAGGAAAUCCUCGUUUUCGGAAACAAACAAAACAAAGUAACGUUUUCAUCUCCGAAUUCAGACCAGACCAGAUACAGACACAUAAUUUUUAGUACUAUUUAUUAUCCUUUUCAAUUUCAAGUCAAAAAACCUUCAACCCUGUUUCUCUGUUGAAUUGAGAUUCAAUAUCGAAUCAGAAAAUAACACAUGGAUCACUUACAUAGGAAGCUACGCGACCACGAAGCUGCUAUGUUUCAACAGGGUUAUCUGGAUGAUCAAUUCAGUCAGCUUCAGAAACUUCAAGACGACACUAGUCCUGAUUUCGUGAUUGAGGUUAUGACUAUGUUCUUUGAUGAUUCUGAGAAACUUCUCAACAACAUGUCACGUGCCCUAGAGCAAGUACCUGUGAAUUUUAAACAAAUAGAUGCUCAUGCCCAUCAACAAAAGGGAAGCAGUGCUAGUGUUGGUGCUGCUAGAGUUAAAAAUGUUUGUGGUACAUUCAGAAAUUUUUGCGAGGCUCAGAACCUGGAAGGGUGUGUUAGAUGUCUGCAACAAUUGCAACAGGAAUACUCUCUACUGAAGAACAAUCUUAAAUACCUAUUUAAGCUGCAACAAGAAAUCAAGACUGCCGGUAGAUCUAUUCACACAAGGGGUUAAGAGAUGACAUGAUUUACAACAGAUAGAAAUCGAGAAAAAGAAAAUGAAGCUUUUAAUUUAGCAGCUGAUUUUGUUUGUUUUGGUUUUUGCUGGAUGAUUAUUCCUUCAGAAUUAGAGGAAGUUUGAAUGUUGGGAUAGAACAGGCGUGGAUAAGAUUUAUUGCUUAGUUUGAUAGAGAUAUGAUAUGAUUUUUUGCCAAUAAACUGGAGGCUUAUUUCAAGUUUCAUGUUUGCUCAAUAUAUGAUAAAAGUUUAUAAUAAUACUAAUUGUUGUUUGUUAUUGUUAUCCAUGAUUCAGAAUGACAUGAUGUAAUAAUGGUUGGAAGGGUAAAA